CCAUAUUGUUUGUCUUCCACGAAGUAUAAACAAAAGGCCGGCGACAGUCUCAUAGUCCGGUGGCGUUUAUUUGUAAGUUAUUUGUGGCGAAUUGUGCAGAUUAAACAGUUUCUGCUUUGCGUGAAAAGACUGUGCAGAGACAUUUUUGUGGGCACUGAAGCACUUCGAAUUGCUCACAUCUCAUUUGAAUUCAAGUUUCUAGAAAAAUUCAAACCGAGCACAAUGCCCGGGACUAUACUGGAGAAUUUAAGUACUCGUAAAUUAUCAAUUUUGGUUACAUGUUUACUUAUAUGCCAGGCACUCUGUUUCCUAAUCGGAGGAUUAAUUGCACCAUUGCCUGCAAAUCAUCAAAAUAUUCUUGGGAUGGUGUGUAAGGACAUCCCCGGGUCACAGAAUGAUACAAGUGUUUGGCUAUAUACCCGCGGCAAGGGUAAGUGUAAUGCCGUAAGUCAGGAAGAGAUCGAGCAACACGACGUGAAAAUGGCAAAUCAAAUUGUUUUCGUGUUUCAGAUGCCGAUACCACGUGAGGGACAUGUUUUAGACUACUCAAGAUGGCAACAAAACCUAAUUGGUGUCCUGCAAGUCGAUAUCGCUUACGACAAUGAUGUCCUAGUUGGUAAGAUUUAUCCUUUUAUUUCAUUGGCUUCACUAAAAAUUUCAUAUCCUGCCUUCCUCUUUCUUCAACUAGAUUCCCACGCAGUUGUAACUAUUGACGCGCGAUUGGCGUAUCGCAAUAAAGAGGACAGCGAUUACGAUUGGAAGCUGUAUGCAACGUCCCUUGAGCGACGCUAUUUGGAUUGUCAAUCUAUUCACGUUUCAAAUACCGAGCGACUUUAUUCAUGUGAAACGAUUCCACUAUUUGAACUGGGCUCAUUGCAUCACGAUUUCUAUCUCCUGAACAUUCGGCUGCCUGUGGAUACCGACAUGAAAAUGAAUUUAGAUGUUGGGCACAUACAUGACCUACAAUUGACAGCAAUAUACCAAAAUGGGGGUUUUACAAAAGUUUGGCUUUCAUUGAAAACGAUCUUCUUCCCAAUUGUUGUGGCCAUAAUGAUUUGGUUCUGGCAUCGUGUUCACCUACUACAACGCUCACCUGCCCUGAUAGAGUACAUGCUAAUCUAUCUAGGUUUAGCAUUGACUUUUUUAAAUAUGCCUUUGGAAUAUUUAACGCUAGCCUUCGAUAUGCCAUUCAUGCUUUUGCUAAGCGAUAUUCGACAAGGAGUUUUUUAUGCGACCCUUUUGUCUUUUUGGUUGGUGUUCGCCGGAGAACACAUGCUAAUUCAAGAAACAGGCAAACGAAGUGCAGUGAAGAAUUAUUGGAAACAUUUAAGUGCCGUCGUUGUUGGAUGCAUAUCCCUUUUUGCAUUCGACGUGUGUGAGCGUGGCGUUCAACUACGUAACCCAUUCUAUUCAAUUUGGACGUCACGUGUUGGAACCAAUCUCGCAUUGACUUUUAUUGUUUUGGCGGGGAUUUCCGCAGGCGUCUAUUUUUUGUUUCUUUGCUAUAUGAUUUGGAAAGUUUUCCGUAACAUCAGCCUAAAACAGUCAUCGUUACCCUCCAUGUCAGCUGCUCGCCGCAUUCAUUAUGAGGGAAUAAUUUAUCGUUUUAAAUUCUUAAUGCUUGCAACUCUAAUUUGUGCAGCACUAACAGUUAUUGGUUUUAUAAUGGGACAGAUAGCCGAAGGUCAUUGGAAAUGGGACGAAAAUAUUGAGGUGCAGUUGACUUCCGCAUUUUUGACUGGUGUCUAUGGAAUGUGGAAUAUUUAUAUUUUUGCCCUCAUCAUUUUAUACGCACCCAGUCAUAAGCAAUGGCCAACCGAAUUGAAUUCCUCAAAUGAGCGCAUAGCCAGUGAAGAAAUUGAAUUCAACAAUUUACCAUCCGAUUCGAAUCCGAGUGAAAUUUCAUCAUUGACUUCUUUCUCUCGAAAAGCAGCAUUCGAUUAAGCCAGUGGCAAACGUGUGAUAAAACUGAACCCAAGGAAUAAGGGAUGCAUUCUUCAUGAAGCCGACCAGCGUUUUAGAAUAUUUUCUAGAAUAAUUAUAAUUCUUGAGUUCAGCGACUUUACUAUACUCUCCAUUUUGAUAUACAGUAAUCUUGCCAUAGAGCGUUUAGUUGAUCUGAAAAUUUUAAUUAUAUAGCUCAUGCUCGUUGCUAUCUAAGCUUUAAGUUGGUCUUUUUUUUUUUUAACUUUCCACAAGCAGUAUUAUGAAUAAGAAGGGCACUGAUCACUGCAAUUACUGUAUAUUUGGAAAGUGGUAACAGUGUUAGUUUAAUAUUGAAUUUUUAUAUUUUAGGUAAUAGCAACAGAACGUGCAAGUGCAUUACUCAAAUAAUUUCAUUUGGUUCUUCGUCCAUUCCAUGAAUGCAGUACCUUCUAUUAUACAAUCUCAAAUAAUAUUUAUUGUUUUCAUUGUUUUUUGUUUACAAGAAAAGUUCUGUGUUCUUUUUUAUCCACAACCCUUUGUGCUAGUAUUUUAUAGAUAUAAGAUAAAGGGGUCGUUUUUAAUUUGAUGCCAUACGAUAGAUGAAUUUUGUCAAAUCUAAA